UAUUCUCAGAGGCAACCCGGAACAUAUCCCAGUCCGGUAUGUUCCUGACAGUAGACUGACCUCUCUUCUCUCUGUAGAACCUGAUGGCCAAGGCAUUAUACGACAACGUCCCCGAGUCCCCGGAGGAGUUGGCCUUCCGGAAAGGGGACAUCUUAACAAUCAUUGAGCAAAACACGGGUGGCCUGGAGGGGUGGUGGCUCUGCUCGCUACACGGACGCCAGGGCAUCGCCCCGGGCAACCGCCUCAAGCUGCUGAUUGGUCCAAUGUUCGACGCCCAGUCCCCUAUCGCCCAAUCAUCACCUAUAGGCUCGGCCUACCAGCAGAAGGCCGUGUCAUCGUCCCAGGGGCUGUACCAGGUGCCCCCGUCCCUCCAGAGCCCGGGGCAGCAAGGGAUCUACCAGGUACCCCUGGGACAAGAUGUGUACCAGGUCCCCCUCAGAGGAAUGCCCUGGCUGCAGACAACACCCCCAGCAAG